AUGGCUACCAAGACCCAAGUAGCGUUGCGCACUGAGCGCCUCGAACUGGUGCCCCUCGGCCCCGAGCACCUCGACUUCACCAUGAUGCUAGACAAAGAUCCGGAAGUCAUGAAAUACAUCGGGUUUGGAACGCCACUUGACCACAACCAAGCCAUCGAGGUUCACAAAUGGCUCCUCCAUGCUGCAACCCUCGUACCCGGCUUCGGGUGUUGGGUCGGUUUCACCGGCGGCGAGUUUGUUGGGUGGUGGGUACUGGCUCCUAGUCAACGCGAAGGCACAGAGGAAUUCAGCAGUGAGCGAGCAGAGUUUGGGUACCGUCUUUUACCGAAGUUUUGGCGGAAGGGCUACGCGAAGGAAGGAUCGCGCGAGUUGUUGAGGUACGCUUUCCGGGAAUUAGGUCUAACUGAGGUGUUUGGCGAGACGAUGGCCGUGAAUGUGGCUUCUCGGGCGGUCAUGGCAGCUUGUGGGCUAAAACAUGCCUAUACCUUUCACAACAAGUACGAUAACCCGCCUCCUGGCAUUGAAGAAGGCGAAGUGCGGUUUCAACAGCUUGUUGGACGUCAGACGUCCAGUAGCAAUCCUGACGCUUCAGCCGUGGAAGAUAUCGAAACUCCGGUAGCCGUCAAUGCAGCCCCAUACGACAAGGAGGCUGGCACCGGCUCACCUCAAAAUAACACGGAAAGUAGCGAUGAUGAUAGAUCACUACCCAGCGAAGGUGCACAGCGUGGUGUCAAGGAUAUCGAGGCUGUUACUCUGGCUUGGUCCAAGACGGCGCUAGCCGCUGUCCUGAUAAUCAUCUGGAUCUAUGUCCUGGCUAAUGGAUUUAAGGCCUCAAUUAUCGCCAGCUUGACACCCUAUGCCACGAGUAGUUUCCAAUCUCAUUCCCUGUUGACUGUCAUCGACAUUGUAGCAAGUGCCAUGACAUCAGCGGUGUAUAUCCCUAUGGCAAAGAUGCUGGACGUCUGGGGCCGUGCUGAAGGCUUCCUCUUCAUGUUGGUAAUUGCCACAUUGGGUCUGAUUCUUAUGGCGGCAUCUAACAACCUUCCUACCUUCUGCGCAGCACAGGUAUUCCAAUCAGUUGGGUUUGGAGGUAUGACUUAUAGCGUGGAUGUCCUUGCAGCCGACGUAACCAACCUGAGGAAUCGAGGUUUGGCAUUCGCUUUCACCUCAUCUCCAUGGAUGAUCACUGCGUUUGCUGGAUCCAAAGCAGCCGAAGAAUUCUUAGCACACGUCAACUGGCGAUGGGGCUUCGGCUGCUUUGCUAUCAUUAUACCCGUGGUCGCCUUACCCUUAUAUCUGGUGUUGAAGAUCAACCUGCUGCCGGGUGUCAUCUUGUUCGCCGCCGGUCUUACCGUGUUCCUUCUCCCAUUCACACUCGCCCGCUCUGCUCCAGACGGCUGGAAGUCAGACUACAUUAUUGCCAUGAUUGUAGUCGGCUUUGUCCUCCUUAUUUUCUUCGCCGUUUAUCAAGUGUACCUGGCUCCCGUACCAUUCAUGAAACAUACCUACCUGCUCAACCGGACCGUGUUGGGCGCAUGCCUCCUCGACUUCGUAUACAUGAUGGCCUACUACUGCUGGAACAGCUACUUCACCUCCUUCCUCCAGGUGGUCAACAAUCUCAGCGUCGCCGAGGCAGGAUACGUCAACAGCACGUUCCAGGUCGUCUCGGGCGUGCUGCUGUUCAUCGUCGGCUAUCUGAUCCGCCGAACCGGCUACUUCAGAUGGCUCCUGAUCAUCGGCGUGCCUCUCUACAUCUUCGCCCAGGGUCUCAUGAUCCACUUCCGCCAACCAAACGGAUACAUCGGCUACAUCGUCAUGUGCGAGAUCUUCAUCUCCGUCGGUGGUAGCGUCUUCAUCCUCUGCAUGCAGCUCGCCGUGCUCGCCGCUGUCGACCACCAACACGUCGCCGCCGCAAUGGCCGUGCUCUUCGUCUCCGGUGGUAUCGGCGGUGCAGUGGGAAAUGCUAUUUCCGGUGCCAUCUGGACAAACACCUUCGAGACCGCGCUUGUGCGCUAUCUCCCUGAGUCUGCGCUACCGGACCUGGCCAGUAUCUAUGCCAGCUUGCCAGUGCAGCUCAGCUAUGCAGUCAAUAGUCCCGAGAGAAUCGCCAUCCAGAAGGCUUAUGGCUAUGCCCAGACCAGGAUGUUGGCAGCGGGCACUGGGCUUAUGGCUCUUGCCUUCGUCGCGGUGUUCAUGAUACGGAACAUGAACCUGAAGAACAUGACGCAGACGAAGGGUGUUGUGUUCUGA